AUGAAGCACCAGGCUUUCAUCGCCUCGGUUCUUGCGGCGCUUGACAAUGUUGCUGCAAAACAACUCGCACCAGUGAAAGUUGAAUCUUGGUGCAUUACUUACCUUGUUCCCCUGCAGGCUUCUUCAAACUUGACAGAGAUUGCCGAGGCAACCGAGUACUCUAGCCUGAUACCAACCUUGGAAGCAACAACUGCUGAGAAUUUCUCAUCCAUCACGACUCGACUCAGUACUGAGCCCACAGAUGGCACUGCAAUCGUCCCAACAACCAGUGUUGAAGACGAAUUAACCUUAACAUCAAACACCGCCUCAGCAAGUAGUGUCACUGAGCCAGCUGGCCGAUCAAUCAUCUUCCUCGUAUCCCUCCCGGAUAACGACAAACGCGACCUGAACAAGAAAGCUACCGGUGGCUUCGUUGGUAAUGAAAACCCCGGAGUCUGUACCUUUGCUGCUGUCUUUACCCUCGCGGAUGAUCAGCUUCUUGAGGACGGUGUACCCAUUUAUUACUCUUGUGAAGAGUAUAAAGAGCUCUCUGGACAAGGCGAACCACCUAGUGAUGCUGUCACAAAGACAUUUUCGUCUUCGGGCGGCGGUCUCCACUUCACCAAUGCGAAGCUGCCUGGAGGUCAGGCUGGAUUCUGUCAAGUUUCGAGUGGGAAAGUUUAUGUCACGUUUUCUUCGGGGCCACCAGAUUGCAUACCAGUUGAGUUGUCAGUCUAUGGAGUUGAACAGUGUCAGAAUGGUCGAUUAGUUGGUCUUGAUGCCUCGAGUACAACCAGCUCUGAUCUUACUCAAUCGACACAGAAUGUCACCUCAACAGAGGAGUCAUCAGCUCAAUCCCAAACCUUCUCUGCAUCGCCAGCCGGUUCAUCAUCAGUAGAUGUUUCCACUUCCUCAAUUCCCUCAACGACCGGAAGUCCCGACACUGCAACAUCCUCCUCCGGAACGAUAACCUCAUCGUUGAGCUUGUCCACUACAACCACGAUCCAGCCACUGUCUUCAUCUUUGGAUUCUUCCGUGCCUCAAACAACAGGGGUCUCUAUACCUGGCAUAGAGGAGGUACAGUUAUCUUCUCAAUCAGACGAAAAAUUAUCUGAAACUGCCUCAACCCCAAAUGCGGUGUCAUCGGACGUCACCCUAGUUGUCACCUCAGAUAGCACUACUGACAGUGACGACUCUACUACAUCUCAGAAUAACUCCAAUGAAGAAUCUACUUCUAUCGACAGUUCAGAGACAAUAGCCAGCUCAGACAUCUCAACGGAACGUGAGACCAGCGCUUCAACUGAUGAUGUCUCUGAAAUAUCUACAGCUGCUGGAGAUAUCACUACCGAAGUUACUUCAACCACUAUGGAUGCCUCUACAACCGCGGCGACUACUAUUCCAACCGUAGACGCUUGUGUUUCCGGCAUAACCUCUCCGGACGGAGAACCUCCUCUCGACGUUCGUGAAGAGGAAUGUUCAGACCUCAACGUCGUUACCGUCAAUCCAGCAACAGUUACUGUGACAGAGGUUCGCAAACGUCGUGUUGUCCGAGGCAUCAUUGUCGCUGAACAUGUCAUGCCAGUCACGAGAAACAUUGCCCCUCAUGAUGACGAUGACGUGGCUACUACCAUCUUUCCUACCCAGACACCUGAGUACGCUACGUACUGCGAUUCCGCGGAUGAGUAUUACGAUGCUUGUUCUAGCUUUGGUGUGACGAGGUUUACUACUACUUUGUCAACAGAGACGGAGACGAAGACUGAUAUUGUCAUUACUAAUUGA